AUGAAGAAGGAGGUGUGCUCUGUGGCAUUCCUGAAGGCUGUGUUUGCCGAGUUCCUUGCCACCCUCAUCUUUGUCUUCUUCGGUUUGGGCUCAGCCCUGAAGUGGCCCUCAGCACUACCCAGCAUCUUACAGAUCUCCUUGGCAUUUGGCUUGGCUAUUGGCACCCUGGCCCAGGCCUUAGGUCCUGUGAGUGGUGGACACAUUAACCCUGCCAUCACCCUGGCCCUCUUUGUGGGCAACCAGAUUUCUCUGUUCCGAACUGUCUUCUAUGUGGUCGCUCAGCUGGUGGGUGCCAUUGCUGGCGCAGGCAUCCUUUAUGGACUCACUCCUGUCAAUGCUCGAGGCAAUCUAGCUGUCAAUGCUCUCAACAACAACACAUCUCCAGGCCAGGCCGUAGUGGUAGAGAUGAUCCUGACCUUUCAGUUGGCGCUCUGCAUCUUCUCCUCCACUGACACCCGACGCACUGAGCCGGUGGGCUCCCCAGCCCUCUCCAUUGGCCUGUCUGUCACAUUGGGACAUCUGGUUGGGAUCUAUUUCACGGGGUGCUCCAUGAACCCUGCUCGAUCUUUUGGUCCAGCUGUCAUCAUGAAGAGAUUCAGCCCCGCUCACUGGGUGUUCUGGGUGGGGCCCAUCACUGGGGCUGUCCUGGCCGCCAUCCUCUACUUCUAUCUGCUGGUACCUAACUCCAUGAGUCUGAGCGACCGAGUUGCCAUUGUCAAGGGUACAUAUGAGCCAGAGGAAGACUGGGAAGAGCAGCGAGAGGAACGGAAGAAGACUAUGGAGCUUACCUGUCACUGA